ACCGCUGUCGUCUCCGUCCAGUCGCCAUCAUGAUCAUCUCCCGGGACCUCAUCAGCCAUGAUGAGAUGUUCUCCGACAUCUACAAGAUCCGGGAGGUCGAGGACGGCCUGUGUCUGGGGGUGGAGGGGAAGAUGGUCCGUAGGACAGAGGGUAACAUUGAUGACUCGUUCGUUGGUGGAAACGCCUCCGCUGAAGGCCCCGAGGGAGAAGGGACCGAAAGCACAGUAAUCACUGGUGUGGAUAUUGUCAUGAACCAUCACUUGCAGGAAACCAGCUUCACAAAAGAAGCCUACAAGAAGUACAUCAAAGAUUACAUGAAGUCAGUCAAAGGGAAGCUUGAAGAACAGAGACCAGAAAGAGUAAAACCUGCUAAUUUCAAAAACUAUCAGUUCUUUAUUGGUGAAAACAUGAAUCCAGAUGGCAUGGCUGCUCUGCUGGACUACCGUGAGGAUGGUGUGACCCCGUAUAUGACUUUCUUUAAGGAUGGUCUAGAAAUGGAAAAAUGUUAACAAAUUUGGCUGUUACUUUGGAUCUAUCACCUGCUCGUCCUACCUGGCUGGCUGCUGCUUUUCAUCCACACAACACCAGGACUUAGACAAAUGGGACUGAUGUCAUCUUGAGCUCUUCGUUUUGAUGUUGAUUUGUUUGGAGCGGAGGCGUUGUU